AUGGCUCAUGUUUCUUGCAGCGCAGAUCAUCUCGGUGGGCAGCCGGGCACGGCGGGAAGGCACGAGGUGACUCGACCGCCCGACACCCUUCUUUCUAUCCCGUCAACGAGGCUCCCUUCCAUCGUCACCAUCUAUGUAAGGUAUCCCGAGAUACAUACACUGAUGGAUGAUUACCGCGAUCCAAAACCUCCUCCCUCGACCAUGUUCCACGAAAUGGAAAUGAUCAGAAGCCAUUGGUCGCUGCGGCUUCCAUCCGGCCCAUGUUGCGACGCGACUGGUGCAUCCAGCCACCGAACGACGAUACGGGCUGAACGGGGUCUGUACCAAAUCGCCAAGGGCGAUGACAGGGGUUCUUUGGGGGCAUCCAAGCCCAUUCGGGCGCCCGGCAGCGCGUACCUGCGCGGUUGCCGAGCCAACAAGGCGCCGAUAAGUUUCACUCAGCUUCCAGCCUCCCUCUAA